CGCGGUUGUAUAAAUUGGAAACAGCCACCUUGGUCAUUUCAGUGAUCCAGGAUGAUUCGGCUUGUGGCUCUCUUAUCUUGCAUUGGCUUAAUUUGUGCUGAGGCACCCCUCAACUAUAAAGUCCACAAUGAAAGAGUGAUAGGAGGCCAUAAUGCUGAACCCAACGCCUGGAGAUGGCAGGUCUCUCUCCAGCACAACCCAUACGAUGACGGUUUGUUCUACCACAUCUGUGGAGGCACCAUCAUUGAUAGUUUCCACAUUAUGACUGCAGCCCACUGUAUCCUGAGCAUGGAUGCCAGUCUGUACCGUGUGGUGGUGGGUGAGCAUAACCUCAGCAAGUAUGAAGGCAGUGAACAGUUCAUCCACGUGAGAGAGAUUAUUGUUCAUCCUGACUGGACUGGAGACCUUGGCAAAGGAAACGAUAUUGCUAUGCUGAGACUGAUUGAUCCCGUGUAUGACAACGGCUUUGUGGAGCUCGCCAACCUGCCCUACCCUGACCAGAUGCUGCCUCACAACUUCUACUGUUACAUCACCGGCUGGGGGCUCAUGGGCACUGGAGCCAUUCCUGACAUCCUACAGGUGGCGCCGAUUGCUGUGGUGGAGCACUCUGUCUGCUCCCAGCCUCAGUGGUGGGGCAGCAUUGCUCUGAGGAGCAUGAUUUGUGCCGGAGGGGAUGGAUACACAUCAGGCUGCCAGGGCGACUCUGGAGGUCCCCUGAACUGCUUCGCUGAUGGAGUCUGGAGGGUGCAUGGUGUGGUCAGCUACGGUCCAUCUGGCGACUGCAACCAGGUUUCUAAACCCACCGUCUUCACCAGAGUGUCUUCAUUCUUAGACUGGAUUUACUCGGUAAGUCUCCUGUUAUGUUUGUGA